AUGCGUCUCUACCACCCACCACCCUUCGCAGCCGCAAACAAUCCGCAUCUAACGAAUGCGCCAGACUCUCACCUCGACUAUCCCUAUAAUUGUUGCGGCCGCACCACACCUUUCCCCUGCAAAGGGUACCUAAGCCAUUUGAACACACCACAGGGCCAAUCCGUUGCCUCCUGGGCCGCGGGGUCGCAGCAAAAUUUUAGCCUCACAGGUACAGGAAACCAUUACGGCGGCUCAUGCCAGGUCGGAUUCAGUGUCGACAAAGGCGCGACAUGGAAAGUAGUGAAGAGUUUUGAAGGCAAUUGCCCGUAUCGGGACGGCGGGACGGACCCGGAGAAGCAGACGUUUGAAUUUACGGUCCCCAGAGACACACCGGUUGGCGUACAAGUAUUUGCGUGGACGUGGAUUAACCGGGAGAGGGAAUUUAAUAUGCUUUGUGCGGCAGUGGAGAUCACUGGAGCGGAAAAAAAAGGGGGGAAGCAAGAUUUUGUGUCACGUUCAGAUUCUGGGCAUAGGAACGGGCGCCACGGGCGAGACUGGGGCCUGCCGCAAGGCCACCAGUACCGUCAGCGAGAUACAGGCUCAUGUACAUGUACAUGUGGUGGUGGUAGUUCGAGCGACACCGGCAGCAAUGGUGCUUCAGCGACGACGCCACCAGCAGUGCCUUUCAAUGACCGCCCAAGCUUCCUGUUUGCGAAUAUCGAUAACGGGUGCCAGACACCCAUGACGAAUUUCGAAGUCAAGUAUCCGAACCCGGGCCCUGAUGUGGCUCAGGGUGAUGGGGAUGGUCAAUGUACGGUUCAUACUCAAACGUACUCUGUGUAUGUAUUUGAUUUGCAGGCGAAAUUGAUGGGGGAGAGCUGCUUUGGCAAAAUAAAUCAAUGUUUAAAAACACCAAACUUUGCCAGCGACCACACCAAUAUUACUCAGAAUAAAAUGGGUGCGUUGAAUCAGUAUAGUUUCAGCGUAAACAUCCUAGAGCUCCAGGUUCCGAGAUCUGCGACUCACUUGGACAGCUUGUCCAAGAACAAGUAG